CCUCCAAGCCCGCCGACUAAGCCAACCAAAGAACUCAACCGACACGCAAAGGAUCAAUUCCUCUAGCACGCAACGUAAAUUGGCAAAAUGAGUGGCAGGGGAGGAUUCCGUGGGGGUGGUCGGGGCGGAGGCGGGUUUACACCGAGGGGUGGUGGGAGGGGUGGGUUCGGCUUUCGAGGUGGUCGCGGGGGUUUCUCGGGAUCGACGGGGCCCCCGGAUAGUGUUCUUGCGAUGGGCUCCUUCAUGCACGCUUGCGAAGGCGAGAUCGUGUGCCAAUCUAUCAAUACUAAGAUCCCCUACUUCAACGCUCCAAUCUACCUCGAGAAUAAGUCUCAGAUCGGAAAAGUGGAUGAGAUCCUCGGCCCACUAAAUCAGGUCUUCUUCACUAUCAAGCCACAAGAAGGCAUUGUGGCCAGUUCUUUCAAGGAGGGCGAUAAGUUCUAUAUUGGCGGCGACAAGUUGCUGCCGCUUGAGAGGUUCUUGCCCAAACCAAAGGUCGUGGGGCCCAAGGGACCGAAGCCCGCAAGAGGAGGACGAGGAGGUGCCCGUGGCGCUCCUAGAGGUGGACGGGGUGCCCCUCGUGGCGGGGUAAGGGGUGGGCGUGGGGGAGGCGGAUUCAGUCGCGGAGGGGGGAGUGGAGGUUUUAGCCGUGGAAGUGGCCGCGGUGGCAGUGGAUUCACUUCCCGUGGAGGCCGAGGAGGAUUUACUCCUCGGGGACGCGGCAGAGGCUAAUCUUACUUUAUUUUCUAUCAACGAAUUUAUUUUUUGCGAAGUUCUGUACUAUAUAAAAGUCUUGCAUCGGAAUUUCCUCUCC